GUCGAGAUUGCGUUUCGUGACCAAUAUGUCGGGCGCAGCGACAUGUGGCGGAUGUGGCGGUACCUGGCCAAGGGCGUCGUGCACACAAACAAGCAGACCAAUCUGGAGGGCCUGAUCCGCGCGUCGGUACGGCGGAUAUACAAGGAUGGCAAGCAGGUGGCGUGCGGGUACAUUGACGACUCCACACAGGCAAUCUUCCGGUCAGAGUCAGGGCGGUUUAUCCUGUUCAUCCAGAUGUCGGAGGAGAUGUGGUCGUACCAGGAGGACAGCAACCUGUGCUUCGAAAAGGCCGUCAACCACUUCUUGGCCGAUCUGUUCAAGCGCUGGUCGGACAUGCAGCUCAAUCACAUGGUGACCAUUGUCAUGUUUUCGCGGUGGUGCUAUCACACCAGCGACAGCGUGUUCUUCCAGGACCUCGAGUGGGACCGCGACCGCGACCGAUACUACCGCGACUACUACAAGGUCAUUGCCGACAUGGAUGUGCGGUCUGACUGGUCGGUGUUUCUGCCGGAUAUCUUGGCCGAGUUCCGCAACUAUCGGCGAGACAUUCAGGAGAUGUACGACUCCAGCGGUUACCGACUGCGAGGGGAUCUGUCCAAGGCCAACCAGGGUAACAUCCUUGAGGCUAUCAACCUAGGCAUCAACACGCUGGCCAGCAACCACCUGGACCGCGAUCUGUCGCGAACCGGCCUCAGCAUUAUAGUGAUCACACCCUCGUUUGGCGUGUUUGAUGUGCCCAAGAAGCUGCUGCGGAUGACCACCGAGCGCAUGCUGACCCAGGGCAUGCGUGUCGACCUCGUGUGCUUGGCGCCCAAGCCGCUGUUCAAGCCGCCUGUGUUCCGCUUCAAGUCA